GGCGGACUGGAAAAUAUCUUGCUGAAACGCGCGGGGUUACAGGAGUGGCGAGCUAGCUUUUCCUGGAGUUGUUGACCUUCUGGCAUCCUCUGGUACGGGACAGGAAGGAGGGCGGUCUGCCGAGAGGGGUCCAGCGGGGCCAAGGCGAAGCUGAGCAUCUCCUGGAGCUGCCCCCCGUAGAGGGGAGAGAGAUGGCUGACCCUGAGAGCCCGUGGUCACAGACUGGCAGGAAGAUCAAACUGGAAGGACUGUCUGAUGUUGCCUCUAUUUCAACUAAACUUCAGAACACUCUAAUCCAGUAUCACAGCAUUGAAGAAGAUGAGUGGCGAGUUGCCAAAAAAGUGAAAGAUGUGACCGUUUGGAGAAAACCCUCAGAAGAGUUUAAUGGGUAUCUAUAUAAAGCUCAAGGAGUUAUGGAUGACGUGGUCAAUAAUGUCAUAGACCAUAUCCGCCCAGGACCCUGGCGCUUGGACUGGGACCGGUUAAUGACCUCACUGGAUGUUCUGGAGCACUUUGAAGAGAAUUGUUGUGUGAUGCGUUACACCACUGCUGGGCAGCUUUUAAAUAUUAUUUCCCCGAGAGAGUUUGUUGAUUUCUCCUAUACUGUGGGCUAUGAAGAAGGACUUUUAUCCUGUGGUGUGAGUGUUGAAUGGAGUGAGUUGAGACCAGAGUUUGUCCGUGGCUAUAACCAUCCCUGUGGCUGGUUCUGUGUUCCACUCAAAGACAGUCCAAACCAGAGUCUUCUCACAGGCUAUAUUCAGACAGACCUGCGUGGCAUGAUCCCUCAGUCUGCAGUAGACACAGCAAUGGCAAGCACGUUAGCCAACUUCUACAGUGAUUUACGAAAAGCUCUACGCAAGGCAUAACGUGUUCAACUCCUGUUGCCAUGGUUUGCGGACUCUGCUCCUACCCCGUCAGCUCCAUGACCUAUAGAAGCCAUGUUCCUGCCUGCUGCGGCCUGUGGAAACACUGGAGGUGUUGUUGGGGCCAUAGUACAAUCUCAUUUUCUAUUAAAAGUAAAUGGCUAUGUAAAUGGGGCAUUUACAAUUUCUUAAAAGUCUUAUUCGCACCUUGUUUGGCUGGGAAAUGAAAUACCAAGAUUUAGGUCCGGGCUAAGUGUAGUCUAUUCACAUGGGUCAAAUAGGCUGCGUGGAAAUUACAGCGUGUGUAAACUCAGUGCUAUUCAUGUUCUUCUGGAGCUUUUUGAACAUUUUGUAAAAUUAUAGUGGCUCCUAAUGUAAACAUGCGUUUCUCCUGCUAUGUUCUCUGAGUUUGCCAGUAGCUUGGACAAAAGGAAGUUCUCCAUAGUCUGUAUAGAUGAGUCCACUAUGGGUUAACUUGUGCUAUUUUAAGUAUUAGGAAGACCACAGGGGACAAGAAUGGCACAGUUCAAUAGAGUUUAAUUUUGAUAUGUGGGCAACGUUCUUCUGCAAAGUCUAUAAAAACAUAUUUGUGUCCUUAUGUGCAUUUAUUCUGAGAGUGACUGAAAACAACCAGGUAUGCUCUGGUGACAUCACAUUGAGCAGUAGCUGUCACUGAGGGGACCAGCUAGUGGUGCCCCUCAUCACCAGCAAAAGGUCAGUGCUAAAAAGUCAGAUUCAAUGUCUGGUCUAUGCCUACAUCAACAUGAAGCUACAAACUGCAUGCUGAAAGAUUCAGAUUUGAUGUAACUUUGAUCUGGAUUUGUAGCGAAAGCAUCAUUAGAUUCAGCCAGGUGCUUAGAUGUCCUGGUAUGACCAGAGUGAACUAUGAAUGAAGCUGUCUCGUGUGAACAUUACUUCAUGGCUAUGACAUCCCAAAUCCUUCUUUGACUUUUGAAUAUCUACCUAGUUUAUAUGUAAAGUGGACAUGUGAGGUGACUCCGUGUCCACACACAUUUUGUGCUUGUGUGAACACCCAGCGCUCAAUGGUGCAUGCCAUUUCCGUGUAGGUUGCUAUUUCUGCUCCUCGCUGGCCUUGCGUGUUUCCCUUUCCUUCGUUUGGUUGGUUGGUGGGAAGGUGGGUGGGUUUGUGUUUCUGUUUUGGCAGAUCUGGAGUAGCGUGAGCUCUGGCAAUAAUGGCAGGCAGGCAAGAUGUACAGAGGCCUUCUUCACAAGUCUGUGGUGGGUCAGCUGCAUGAAGGAAGGGAUCAAAGGCAGGAAGGUCUGCUCUUCAGUUUACAUUAGUUUGUUUCUCUAAAAAUGUAAAGUCAGUUCUCUACAUCCAUUCUGACAGUCAAAAAAAGGGAAACUGAAUUUUCUCUUCUAAAAUUUUUUUUCUUGCAACUGGUGAUGAAGAUACACACAGAACAGAGGCACAGGGUCAGCGUUCUGGUGGGUGAGCUCAUAGCUCUUGGCUUGAAAUAUCGCUUCCAGGACCUGCCAGACGCAGUUCCCCCCCAGAGGGCUGUGUUCUCAGUUUGUUCAUUGCUAAGCUCCUGUCUGACUUCAUUGUAACUUCUGAACGGCUAGAUCUCCUCUCUACUCUCCUCUUCAGCAAUAGGGAAAGAAAAUGGACUUGAGAGUGUCCGGUGAAGAUUGUGAAUUGUUAACUGUCCAGUGUGUCUUCUGUGACUUUAUCUGUUUUUAUUAGUGAGAGCAGAAGGUCUCAUGUAUCCCACUAGUCUGUCCAUGAUCAUAAAGUGACAGGAGCCUGGGUAAAGACUUGGUACCAACAUUGGAUGCUGUCAAGGCUCUCCUUGCCUGCUCCGAAUGGGGUCUCUACGGAUCUCUCACUUGCCCAGUGUCUCUUGGCUAGACCUCCAGUGAGUGACUGAUGAGGUCAUUCACUGCUGAGCGGGGACGCACUGCAAGUAAAACAACCCUCGUGGAAAUGGUUUCAUUGCCAUUGUGAGUUUCACAGUGGGUUCAGAAGUUACAUGUGAGCUGUCUGAAACCUAUGUUCAUUAAUGUAGAGUUCACAUAAUCUACAGUUUACCUGUGGUAAAAGUGUGAGUGUUCUUUAAAAAAAAAAAGGGAAAAAAAAAAAACAUUUGAAGAGUUGUGCAGCCAUCAUCACAGCACAGUUUAGAACGUUUCUGUCACCCAAAAAGAUCCUUGGUUUCUGUAUACACUGUGUAUUGUCAUCUAACCAGCAGUUACCCAAGUUGCCAGUAUAGGGAAGAGGAUGAAAAAGAUGACAUCAGAGCUUGCUAGGUUUUACUUCUGAGAGUAGAGGGGUGUGUGGGGGUGGGGUGUGUUGGGGUGGGGGUGUGCAUGCACGUGCAUGUGGGUGUGGACGUGCACGUGUGCACAUUUAAGCUCAGGAACAUUUACAUGUUGUAAGUGUGUUAUCUCAAGUAUUGUAACAUAAAAACGAUGUGAAGUGAGGAUGAUACUUGCAUACUUAGAGCUGCUGCUUCCAGAGCAGAUCUAUUGCAGGAAAAUCCUACAAGCCAUACGUGUAACUCAAAGUAUCCCAGCAGAGGCUGGGAGGUGAUAGCAGUGAAGGCAUUCUCUGCUCUUUUAGAAGCACCUGGGGCUGGGGGAAGGGCUUGCAGCAGUCCAUAGCUCCAGUUCUGAAGGAUCUUGUGCCCUCUGGCCUCUGCAGACGCAGGCAUGUGCACAGUGCUUAUACACACAUCCAAAAAAACCCCACUCAUUCAUAGAAAGAAAAAAUACACAGCUGAAACUAAUUGUAGCAAUGUUUUCUCUGACUCUAUAUCCAAAGUAUUUCAGUACACAGCUGAUGUAAGAGAUAUUGUGAUAGCUCACUGUGUCUAUUAACUCUUGGAAAUAAGGUGGGUAUUCUGUGCUGGGACUUGCCAUAUGGCAAGCACUCCUUGUCCACAGGAGGCCUGCAGCUGUUAUCAUGACUCACACAAGCCUACAGUACCUUUCAUUUGCCUUGCUGUAAGAUGAAGUGGACAAUUCCUGAAUUGCUCUCUUCACCAGAAUCUUUUAUAGCUGAGCACUUUCAGUGCUUGCUGCACACGGUGUCUGCUUUAGAAAUGUGCAUAAAUAAAUUACUGAUUUCCAGUAAAUUUAAAAAUUAUUGCCUCAAAAUUAUUUUCACUAAAAGUAACGUUUGAUAGGACAGUGAAGGAGAAGAAACAGUAUAACCACUCACAUUGCCGUGCAGAUGAACAUUUCCUGUAGCUUACAGCUUGCUGAGGAAGUGUGUGUACUCUGGAAAUCUGUGCCCUAGUGUCAUGUUCAGGAGACACUGCUUUUAAGAUAAAAUUAGUUUUAUAUAAGUGACAUUUUGGUAGGAAAUACUGGGUUUUGCUUAAAAAAAUUCUUGCCUACUCUUGAUUGAUUAAAGCAAUACUCAGCAAAAAAAAAAAUAAUAAUAGUAGAAAUAUUCUUAGAUUUCUGUGCUAUAAACCACUGGAUCUUAUAAAUACCAGGAUUUCUUUCUUGUUCCAUGAACACAAUGGGUGUAUUUGAAACUGGGGGAUUUCAAGUGUAAAUCUAUAUCCUAGGAUGUGUCCCCUUUAUCUUCUUGUCUUUUCUACUUGAGGAUCAUUUGACUGAUACUUAGUGAACUAAACUAAUGUCUCAAGGUUAAGACUGUACCCGAGGUUCUGGAGAAGCAGAGACAACACCCCAGUCUUUGUCACUCAUCUCUCUAUUAGAUCUGAGAAAUCCCCUUUGCUGUGGAUGGCAGUUUUGUAUGUUUAUGAGAGCACAGUAGCCCCUUUAGGACCAGAUGCUAAAUUAAAUGGCUGUUGUAGCUUUCUAGACCAAAAAAGAGAAGCUAACAGAACCAGAGAAGCAGAUGGGAAUCUGGAUUUAAUGAGGACUCCUUUGAAAGUUACAUGAACACUUGUCCAGGCCCUUCCACCCUUCCUUCUUUUCCUGUGGUACCGAGGCCUGGUGCAUGCUGGGACUGAGCUACACUUCUGGCCCCCUCAGUGAGCACAUGGGACUUGUAAGAGUGUAGGGUGGCAAGAUCUGAGCAUAGAAGAAGGGAGACCUCCUCCUACAGCACAGGGCUGGAGUUACGGUUUUGUCGUCACUUAAUUUCCAGGGAUUGUAUAAGUACUGCUAUGUACUAAAUAAAAAAAUUCAUCUCUUGCAGUCCAACAAGUGAUGUAUUAUAUUAAGAUCAUUUUUAGGAAGUAUAUCAUUUUAUGAAUCUGUAUAUGGAAUCAGAAUAAAGGAGUGCUGAUAGAAAUGAGAUGUAUAUUUUUAAAUUACAGUGGAAUCUAUCUGAAUAAAGAUUUCUAGACACUCUU